AACAUAAAAAUGGUACGAAAAAAAAUUGAUAAUCGCAUUAGACUUUUAAUUGAAGAUGGUGUCAAUUGUGGACACAGAACAAUGUUUAUUGUUAUUGGAGAAAAAGCAAAAGAUCAAAUAGUAUUGUUGCAUCAUAUUUUAUUAAAGUCUACAGUAAAAGCACAACCGACAGUCCUUUGGUGUUAUAAAAAAGAUCUUGGAUUCAGUAGUCAUAGGAAAAAACGUAUGAAAUCUUUACAAAAAAAAGCUAAAUCUGGCAGAUUAAACUUCAAUGAAGAUGAUCCAUUCGAUCUUUUUAUACUUUCAACAAAGAUUCGAUAUUGCUAUUACAAUGAAACCCACAAAAUUUUAGGUAAUACAUACGACAUAUGUAUACUACAGGAUUUUGAAGCAUUAACUCCAAAUUUAUUAGCCAGAACUUUAGAAACUGUUAAAGGUGGUGGAAUUAUAAUAUUUCUUUUACAAAGUAUGAAUUCUUUAAAGCAAAUGUAUACAAUGAAUAUGGAUGUUCAUCAAAGAUUUCGAACAGAAGCUCAUCAAGAUGUUGUUUGUAGAUUUAAUGAAAGAUUUUUAUUAUCACUAGCUUCUUGUCAACGUUGCUUAGUUGUUGAUGAUCAAUUACAAGUACUUCCAAUUUCUUCACACAACUUAAAUAUUCAAGUUAAUAAAGCAGUAAAUGCAGUUGAUACAACAUUAGAAGUGUUGAAAACAAGUUUACAAGAUACUCAACCAGUUGGAGCUAUUGUAAAUUGUUGUAAAACUAGUGAUCAAGCACAAGCUUUACUUAAAUUUAUUGAAGCAAUUUCUGAAAAAACAUUAAGAUCCACUAUAUCUUUAACAGCUGCAAGAGGACGUGGUAAAUCUGCAACACUUGGAUUAGCAAUUGCUGGAGCUAUUGCAUUUGGAUAUUCCAAUAUAUAUAUUACAAGUCCCAGUCCUGAAAAUUUAAAAACAUUAUUUGAAUUUAUUUCAAAAGGAUUUGAAGCUUUGAAUUAUCAAGAGCAUACAGACUAUGAAUUUUUUCAAUCUACUAAUCCAGAAUUUAAUCAAGCAACUAUUCGUGUAAAUAUAUUUAGAGAUCAUAGGCAAACAAUUCAAUAUAUUCACCCUGCAGAUGCUAAAGAAAAAAUAAGUUUAGCUGAAUUAUUGGUUAUUGAUGAAGCUGCUGCUAUACCAUUACCUUAUGUAAAGGCUAUGCUAGGACCUUAUUUAAUUUUCAUGGCAUCAACGAUUAAUGGAUAUGAAGGAACAGGACGUUCAUUAACACUAAAACUUUUACAACAACUAAGAACGCAAACAAUACCACGAAAUUCUGCUAAUAAACAAGACAAGAAUUCAAUAUUAAAAGCUACUAGAGAAAGAGAAUUGCAAGAAUUAACAUUAGAAGAACCAAUUCGAUAUAAAAGUGGAGAUAAUAUUGAAAAGUGGCUUUGUGAUCUGUUGUGUUUAGAUACAACACUUGAUAUUGAUUCUGUAUUGUCAGGUUGUCCUACACCUGAUGAUUGUCAACUUUAUUACAUAAAUAGAGAUACAUUAUUUUCUUAUCAUAAAGCUUCAGAACUUUUUUUACAACGACUAAUGAGUCUAUGUGUGUCUUCUCAUUAUAAAAAUAGUCCAAAUGAUUUACAAAUGAUGUCAGAUGCACCUGCUCACCAUUUAUUUUGCUUAUUAGGACCUAUACAUCCUGAUCAAAAAUCAUUACCAGAAAUUUUGGUUGUUUUACAGGUAUGUUUAGAAGGUCAAAUUAAUAAAUCCACAAUUAGCGAUGGUUUAGGAAGAGGUCGUAGAGCAGCUGGUGAUCUGAUACCAUGGACAGUUGCUCAACAAUUUCAAGAUGAAGAUUUUCCAUCGUUAAGUGGUGUUCGAAUUGUUCGUAUCGCAACACAUCCUGAUUACCAACGAAUGGGAUAUGGAAGCCGAGCUAUUGAUUUGCUUAGACAAUACUAUCAAUUUUGUAUUCCAAAUUUAGAAGCAGAUGAUACAGAACUGCAAUUUUUAAAUAUUAGUCAAGCUUCGCAAGUGCAAGAUUCUAAAGUGAAUUUAUUAGAGGAAACAAUUAUACCUAAAACCUCUUUACCACCACUUUUACUUAAAUUAUCAGAACGUCGCCCUGAAAAUUUGGACUAUAUUGGUGUCUCCUUUGGUGUUACCGAAUCAUUACUAAAAUUUUGGAAACGGGCAAAAUUCAUUCCUGUAUACUUAAGACAAACUCCUAAUGAAAUCACGGGGGAAAAUUCAUGUAUUAUGUUGUCUAGUUUACAUGAUACUUCUGAUGAUUGGUUGGUGGCUUAUUGGAAAGAUUUUCGGAGACGAUUUAUUACAUUACUUUCCUCAUCUUUCAGGAACUACAAUCCAUCUUUAGCACUUGCUAUUUUAACAAAUAAUAAUAUAAAAUUACCAGCCGAGAACAUUGAUAAAAAUAUUUUAGAUGUAUAUUUUACAUCUUAUGAUAUAGGAAGAUUAGAAAAAUAUAGUAACAAUAUGGCUGAUUAUCAUUUAAUAAUGGAUUUAGUGCCACCUUUAGCUCGACUAUAUUAUUUUAAUUUAAUGGGAAAACUACAUUUUUCUCCAGUUCAAUCUGCUAUUAUAUUAAGUUUAGGUCUUCAGCAUAAAAAUGUUGACCAAAUAGUCGAAGAAUUGAAUAAAUCAUCAACGAAUGACGCUAAUACUUUGGUUUCUUCUCAAGUACUUGGAUUGUUUAAUCGUAUAAUAUCAAAAUCAACGAAAUAUUUUAAUGAAAUUAUAAAAAAUAAUGUUGGAAAUUCUUUCAAAAAAAUUAAAGAUGUAUCUGAAAACAUAGAAAUAAAUUUAGAAAAUCAAGCAAACUUAUAUAAAGAACUUGAUAUUGCUGAUAAAGAAUUAAAGAAAAAACAAGAAAAAGAAUUGGCUAAAUUGAAGCAUAGUUGUCUUCAACAAUAUGCAAUAAAAGGUAGUGAGUCAGAAUGGUCUGAUGCUUUGAAAUCAAGCAAAAAUAGUAAAAAUUUAGUUUCGGUGAAAAGUUUUAAAAAACAAAUAGUUUCCAAUGAAGAAAAUCUUAGUUUUCAAGAAAAAUCUUCAGUACAUAAAAAAAAAGGAAAAAAACGAAAAUAUAGUCUACAAUAACUAUUGCAGAUAUA